AUGAUAGUGGCGCAUAUGCGCUCAGCUUAUUUAUAUCCAGAUUUAACCAAAUUUCAUUUAUUUAUAGUAAAUAGAGGAUGUGGAAAGUGCCCCAGUAAAACAUGUGAAACAUGCAACAAAAACCGGUGUAAUGAUGGAAAGGACCUUAAAUAUUACUGUAAAAGCAAAAAGGGUGAGAAAGAAAUGAUAAAAUGUGAUAAACCUGAAUGCUACAUUAAAGCUUUGAAUGAGGCUAAAAAUGGUUAG